GGAAGCGAAUCUGCGGCGAGAUAACCUAACCUAACCUCAUGUGUAACGUAGGGUUUUGUAUACGCGUAUGAAAGCGCACAUAAUUUCGACCUGUUUGAUAUUUCGCGUACCCGUGCAACUGCGAUUUGUUCUUUCUUUUUAUUUGCAGCGAACGACGAUGUAGAUUCGAUAUUCUGCAUCGUGGCACAAUAUAGAUUUUACAUUUGUAACCUUAUGCCUCAGUGUUUGUUUUUUUGAUUGUAUACAAGAUUAUUAAAAAAUGUCGAUCGAAAUCGAAUCUGCCGAUGUGAUUCGGUUGAUACAACAGUAUCUUAAGGAAUCAAAUCUCGUGAAGACGCUGCAAACCUUACAGGAAGAAACAGGUGUGUCGCUGAACACUGUUGACAGCGUAGAUGGUUUUGUAGCUGACAUAAACAAUGGCCACUGGGACACGGUUUUAAAAGCAAUACAAUCACUCAAACUGCCUGACAAAAAACUUAUAGACUUGUACGAACAGGUUGUUCUAGAAUUAAUUGAAUUGAGAGAAUUAGGUGCGGCGCGUUCGUUAUUGAGACAGACUGAUCCUAUGAUUAUGAUGAAGCAGCAAGAACCUGAGAGAUACAUUCACUUAGAAAAUCUUCUUGCACGUUCGUAUUUUGAUCCACGUGAAGCUUAUCCUGAUGGAAGCACCAAGGAAAAGCGAAGAGCUUAUAUAGCAACGGCUCUUGCUGGCGAAGUGUCAGUCGUACCUUCCAGUAGAUUGCUCGCUUUGUUGGGACAAGCUCUGAAAUGGCAACAGCAUCAGGGUCUACUGCCGCCUGGCACCACGAUAGAUCUGUUCAGAGGAAAAGCGGCGGUGCGCGAUCAGGAAGACGAGAAAUAUCCGACGCAGUUAUCGAAGCAAAUUAAAUUCGGCCAAAAAUCGCACGUGGAGUGCGCACGUUUUUCGCCCGAUGGCCAAUACCUGGUGACCGGUUCGGUGGACGGUUUCAUUGAGGUGUGGAACUUUACGACUGGUAAAAUCAGAAAGGACUUGAAGUACCAAGCGCAAGACAAUUUUAUGAUGAUGGAGCAAGCGGUGCUUUCCAUGGCGUUCAGUCGCGACAGCGAAAUGCUCGCGGGUGGCGGUCAGGACGGCAAGAUUAAAGUCUGGAAGGUGCAGAGCGGACAGUGUCUGAGAAGAUUCGAAAAAGCGCAUACAAAAGGAGUGACUUGCCUGCAGUUCAGCAGGGAUAACAGUCAGAUUUUAUCGGCCUCGUUUGACACCACCAUAAGAAUACACGGCCUCAAAUCCGGCAAGACUCUCAAAGAAUUCCGCGGCCACUCAUCGUUCGUAAAUGAGGUCGUUUUUUCUCCAGACGGUCAUAAUAUUAUCAGCGCGUCCUCGGAUGGGACUGUUAAGAUUUGGAGUUUAAAGACCACCGAGUGUAUAGGCACGUACAAAUCGUUGGGCGCCGCCGAUCUUACGGUGAACAGCAUACAUCCCCUUCCUCGAAAUCUGGAACACUUCGUCGUGUGCAAUCGUUCGAACACAGUAGUGAUCAUGAACAUGCAAGGUCAGAUCGUGAGAUCGUUCUCGAGCGGUAAACGAGAAGGCGGUGACUUUGUUUGCACGGUGGUGAGUCCGCGCGGCGAAUUCAUCUACUGCGUCGGUGAGGAUCUCGUACUGUACUGCUUCUCCACGUCAUCGGGAAAACUUGAGAGAACUCUCAACAUACACGAAAAAGAUGUCAUAGGUUUGGCGCAUCAUCCCCAUCAAAAUUUGCUGUGUUCUUACAGCGAGGAUGGUUUGUUAAAGCUAUGGAAACCUUAAAUAAAAAAAAAAAAAAAAAAAAAAAAAAAAAAAAAAAAAAAACCAAUUAAGAAAUUUUCACUUCUUUUUUGGUUUAUUACCAAAAAUAUCAUGUACGUAUUACUCCACUUAUUCUUCCAUUAUGUAUAAACAUCGGACAAUGAUAAA